AUGGAUGAUUUUGACAUAUAUAAUGAUGAUAACUUUGGUAAUAAUGAAAAUACAAGCCAAGAUGACAUAUACCCAGAUAUUUUGAAUUCAGAAGAAGCUGCCCUUGUUGGCGAAGAUGAUUUAUUUGGAGAUUUUAUGGAAGGUGAAAAGGGAUAUGAAGUUAAGUUGGAAAAUACUGAUGAGGACAAUAAAAAUCUUGGUAGUGAUAACACCAGUAUUAUUGCAACUGAAGGUCAAACACAAAACGGAUAUGAAGUUAAGUUGGAAAAUACUGAUGAGGACAAUAAAAAUCUUGGUAGUGAUAACACCAGUAUUAUUGCAACUGAAGGUCAAACACAAAACGUACAACGUGCCUCAUCAACUACUAGUAAUGGAAGCCAAACUAUGAUGGAUCGUAAAUCUGUUUCUAAUGCUACAAAUGCAUUAUACAUUGGCGAUUUAAAUUGGUGGACAACUGAUGAAGACCUUUGUGCUGUAGCACGUGAUGUUGGAGUUUUAUCUGAAGUUAAAGAGAUUACUUUCUAUGAACAUAAAUGUUGCUUAUAUAAAAAAUGCUUGGUAAAUUUCACAAGUUCAGCAAAUGGCAAUCCUUUCAAAACUGUUCCAAAAGAACCACAAUCAAAAGCUUCUCGUCAACAACAAUCAUCAGUGCAACAAAGAUCUACAACAUCUGGAAAUUUACCAAUCCGUCCUAUUAUGAGACCAAAUGCAGCAGCUGGUGGUGGUAAUAGUGGAGGAAUGGAUUUUCAUAAUCGUAAUUCAUCAGCAGCAUUCAGAAACGGACAAAUGGUUCCGACCCCAAGAGAUUUCUUUUCACAAAAUAUGUCACCAUAUGGUACCGGUGCUUUCGGAACAGGAGCGGCAGGAGCAGGUAGAGUUGGUUAUAUGAAUGGUUUUGGUGGACCUAAUGAUGCAUCUUUUAUGAUGGCGCGUGGUAGAAUGAUGAAUGCAGCUGCGAUGCAAAAUCAAGCAGCAGCAGCAGCUAGACAAAGAAUGAUGAGUCGUGGCAUGAUGCGUGGUGCUUAUAGUGAAGAUUUCAUGGGCGGUGGUGGUAUGAGUAAUUUUGCUACACCGACAGGACCAGCAGCAGGAUAUCCUGCACCACAUUUUAAUCCAGCAUUUUUCGAUCAAGGAUUAGGAAAUGAGGAUGUACCAGUAGCACCAAGAGGACAAAGGUAUUUCCCCUAG